AUGGCCAGCCAGCUAGCAGAUCAGUUACAAAACACCCAGUUGAGUGAUGGCACUUCCCCACGAGGUGACGACUGGAAACAGAACCUGAAUAUCCCCGCCAAGGAUACCAGACUGCAAACAGAGGAUGUCACAAAAACAAAAGGCCUCGAGUUUGAGAACUUUGCUUUAAAGCGAGAUCUGCUCAUGGGAAUCUUCGAAGCUGGCUUUGAGAAGCCUUCUCCCAUCCAAGAGGAAGCCAUCCCCGUUGCAUUAACUGGCCGUGACGUCCUAGCCCGAGCCAAAAAUGGCACGGGAAAAACCGCCGCCUUUGUCAUCCCCGCUCUGGAACGCAUCAACCCCAAAAUCUCAAAAAUCCAAUGUCUUAUUCUCGUCCCCACACGCGAGCUUGCCAUGCAAACGUCUCAAGUCUGCAAGAAUCUGGGCAAGCACCUCGGUGUCAACGUCAUGGUAACAACUGGUGGUACUGGUCUACGAGAUGAUAUCAUCCGCUUGCAGGAGCCCGUUCAUAUUGUGGUCGGUACUCCCGGUCGAAUCCUGGAUCUCGCAGGAAAGAAUGUCGCGGAUCUCAGCGAGUGUCCCAUGUUCAUCAUGGACGAGGCUGACAAGCUCCUCUCCAUUGAAUUCACCCCCGUCAUUGAGCAGCUGCUUCAAUUCCAUCCAAAGGACCGACAGGUCAUGCUCUUCUCCGCCACUUUCCCCCUCUCGGUCAAGGACUUUUCCGACAAAAAUAUGACCAGCCCCUACGAAAUCAACCUCAUGGACGAACUCACCCUGCGAGGUAUUACCCAGUACUAUGCCUUUGUCGAAGAGAAGCAAAAGGUCCACUGCUUGAACACCCUCUUCUCAAAGCUGCAAAUCAACCAAUCCAUCAUCUUCUGCAACUCGACCAACCGAGUCGAGCUGCUUGCCAAAAAAAUAACUGAACUCGGCUACUCGUGCUUCUACAGCCACGCUAGAAUGCAACAGCAUGCCCGAAACCGAGUCUUCCACGACUUUCGUAACGGCGUUUGUCGAAACUUGGUCUGCUCAGAUCUUCUCACCCGAGGUAUUGAUAUCCAGGCUGUAAACGUCGUCAUCAACUUUGACUUCCCCAAGAACGCCGAAACUUAUUUGCAUCGUAUUGGUCGAUCUGGUCGUUUUGGUCACCUUGGUCUGGCUAUCAAUUUGAUCAAUUGGGACGACCGCUUUAACCUCUACAAUAUUGAGAGGGACCUUGGAACUGAAAUUCUACCAAUCCCUGCGAGCAUCGAUAAGAGCCUUUACGUCUACGAAAAUCCCGAGUCGAUCCCUCGUCCCAUUUCGAACCUCCCUAAGAAUGCGGUUCCUCAGCAGCAGGCCCUUUUAGGCCCGGCGCCAGGCCAACCGGCUUAUCACCAACCGCUCCAAGGAAACUGGCCUGCUCAAAAUGGUCAACACAACGGCAAUGCCCAAUUUAACGGCGGACGUGGCCGAGGUGGACGUGGCCGCGGUUAUCGUGGUCGAGGUGGUAGCAGCGGUGGCAAUGGCAGAGGCCGCGGCCAGCCACCACGCGACCCUACAUCCUAA